AUGAUGAUUUCCAAGUUCGCCUCACAGGAUCGUGUUACCGCAGCAGGCAUCCCACUUUUGGAUCGGAGAAGAGAGAAGCACUACCGGUAUGGGCGGGGCGUUCAAGGCCAUGCUGGCUUCCAGCCACUUGAGGAUACUGCGCUCUUCUCACCUCUUAAAUUGGGACCUCUGAAUCUUGAGCAUCGUAUUGUUCAAGCACCUUUGACGCGGAUGCGAGCGGUCAAAGAAAGUGAUGGUAUCUUCGUUCCGAACGCACUGCACGGAGAGUAUUACAGCCAGCGGGCCUCCAAGGGCGGUCUGCAGCUCACGGAAGCCACCGACAUAGCCCAUUAUGCCAGCGGCUACCCGGGAGUACCGGGCAUGUUCUCAAAGUCGCAAAUUGCGGACUGGAAGAAGGUGACGGAUGCCGUCCAUGCCAAAGGUGGGUAUAUUUUCUGCCAAUUGUGGCAUACCGGCCGUGCCUCACCACCAUCUUUCCGCGCUGGUGCACCAACAGUGAGCUCCAGCGUCGUUCCGAUGGAAGGCAAGUGGCUUGAUGGCGUUGCCUGUGCGGACCACCCACCCAAGCCUCUUAGUGUGGAAGAAAUUCAGCACUGGACAAAGACAUGGGCCGAGGCAGCGAAGAAGGCAGUUGAGGCUGGCUUUGACGGUAUUGAAAUUCACGGAGCGAAUGGUUAUCUUCUCGAUCAGUUCUUGCAUGACAAUGUGAAUACGAGAAUGGAUCAAUAUGGCGGUUCGAUCGAGAACCGUUGUCGAUUCCCUCUUGAGGUCAUCCAGGCAUGCUCAAAAGCCAUUGGAGGUGAUCGUGUUGGUAUUCGCCUGAGCCCAUACAACUACUUCCAGAAUACGAAGGAUAGUAAUCCUAAUGCACAUUGGGCAUACCUCUGCGACAAGAUCGUGUCGUUACCAGAGCACGAGAGGCCUGUCUAUGUACAUAUGGUUGAGCCACGUUUCGACGAAGUCCUAGACGAGCAGGCUAAGAUGGACGCGCUUGCAGCGUACACAUUGAAAGGGGGCAAAGGCGUCGAGGCCGAGGCGACCGUCAAAGGCGAGGGCAACACUCUUGCAAUUUUCCGAAAGAUUCUCCAGAAGGGCGGUGUGAGUUUUUUGGCUGCAGGCGGCUUCAACAGGGAAAACGCUGCGCCCAAGGUCGAAUCUGGUGACGCGGAUCUCAUCGUCUUUGGUCGGUGGUUCAUCGCAAAUCCAGAUCUACCCAAACGGCUGGCUGAGGGUCUCGAGCUAAAUCAGUAUGAUCGCAACACCUUCUACGGUGCGAAUCCGCCUCAGAAAGGGUAUACUGACUACCCUUUCUACCAGGAGACUGGCUCUGUGUGA